CUCGUAAAACAAAAGAAAUAAUAAAUCUUUGAUAAUUUUACAAUAAAUAAAUUAACAAAAGAUAAAAUAUGAAAACUUUUUUAUAUAUAGAAGAAGAUUGAAAUUUAUUUUAAUCAAAGAUGCUGUCGAAUACAAUGUCGAUUAAAAUUCGACACGGGAUUUUAGAUUUAGUUAAUAAAAAUAGAUCUUCAGCCAUUAUUAUUAAUGAUAGUUACAUUCUUGCCUCAGCGUUCAUAUUAAAUCCAGUUUUUAUUUCAUUGUUCACAAAUGAAAAGGAUGAAGAACAAUUGAAUAACUUCAAAAAUAAAAUCAAUAAACAACUGAUAAAUGUAGAUGAAGAUCCGUUGUAUAAUGAACUGAAAUUGGAAUUAUUCACAAUUACUUUCGACAGAAGAAAACCUACUGACCGGAAUAGUAGAAUUCUAACAUGUUAUAAAGCCAAACUUUUAUAUAUUUUUAAUUCAAUUGAAAUAAGAGAAUGUUUUCAAAAUAUUUUAUCCAAGUUAAAAUCAGAAAGUGAAUUAAAUAAUGAAUUGAAAUCAUUUUUACACUCUUCGUUUUUAAUUCUGCAGUUGAUUAAACCAAAUGAAGCAAUUAAAAAUGUGAAUUUAAAAAGCUUUAUCAAAAAUAUGUUAUCAUAUUCUAAUAUAACAAAUAACUUACAUAAAACGGAUGAAGUAAUGGCAAUAUGUUCUCCAUUUGGAAUAGAAAAUUUUUAUAAAACUAUUCAUUUCGGAAAAAUUUCAAAUAUAUUAGGACGAAACAGCUGUUUAUUUAUCAUAUCUAAUUCACUACCCAUUGGCUGUGAAGGUUCUGCAGUAUUUAAUAACAGAUUAAAACUAAUUGGCAUAUUAAUUUGUACCAGUUUAAGCAAUGGAGACGAAAACAUAAAUAUUACACUUGCAGCCAACUUUCAUUAUAUUUUUAAGAGUCUAGCAUUCCAAUUUGGAGUUCACCUUGAACAUAUAGGUUCAAAGAUCACCUUACCUACUUGGGAAAAAAGUUUAGUAAUAAUUUUCUGCAAUGGCCAACAAGGAACUGGGACGCUAGUUAAAGUUUUAAACAGGAAAUUUAUUUUGACUUGUUCUCAUGUCAUAAAUGAUAACUCUUCAAUUAUUAAUUGUCGCUACAUAGAUGGUACAUUCCCUUCCGAAAUAAUAUGGAAAAAUCCAAACUUUGACGAACCAUUUGAUGUGGCCAUUUUAUCGGUUCCGGAUUACAUAUGCGAUGAUUAUUUUGUUUCAUUGUCGGAUAAUAGACCAUACCUUGGGCAAAAUAUUUUUAACGCUGGCUUCCCAUUUUUUACGAAUACACAGGAAAAAAAUUUUGCACCCGGCAUUUUUGAAGGACGAGUCAUAAAAUACAAACCUGGAUGUAUUAUAGCAGAUGCUACUUUGCAAGCAGGUCAAAGUGGGGGUCCUAUGUUUGCUGAGAAUGGAACCAUUCUUGGAAUUUGUGUUUCUAAUUUGAAAUUAGAAAAAACUGUAUUUCCGAAUGUAAAUACUUCAAUUCCCGCAUGUGAUAUUAAAUAUGUUAUUGAGAAAUUUGCAAAAACUAAUGAUAUUUCCGUGUUAAAUAAGUUAAUAGCUUCACCAGAGGUUAAAAAAAUUUGGUCUCUUGAUUGUCCAAUUAUUGAUUGCAAAUUGUAAUUCGUAUAUUUUUGUUUAAUUUCAUUUAAAUAAAAUUUUCUUUCAAUAUUAAAA